AUGGCUAUACCAAAAUUGAUUCCUGGGUUUCGAUUCCAUCCUACUGGAGUUGAAUUGAUUAAGUACUUUCUAAAAAGGAAAGUCAUGGGGAAAAAGUUUCAUGCUGAUGUCAUUGCUGAACUUGACAUAUACAAAUAUGCACCUUGGGAUCUCCCAGAUAUGUCUUAUCUGAAAAGUGGGGAUUUGGAAUGGUACUUCUUCUGUCCGAUUGAGAAGAAGUAUGGAAGUGGGGGGAGGUUGAAUCGAGCUACUGAAAUUGGGUUUUGGAAAGCUACGGGUAAGGAUAGAGCUGUUCAACAUAAUAAUCAUACUGUUGGGAUGAUAAAAACCUUGGUGUUUCAUACUGGAAAAGCACCGCGUGGCGAUCGAACGGAUUGGGUUAUGCAUGAGUAUAGGCUUGAAGAUAAGGACCUGGCUGACAAAGGGAUUGUUCAGGAUUCAUAUGUGAUCUGUAGGGUAUUUCAAAAGGAAGGUCCUGGUCCCCAGAAUGGUGCGCAAUAUGGGAAACCAUUUAUUGAAGAUGACAGUGAUGAUGAAAUGGGGAUACCUUUUGUUGAAUCGACUGCGCAUGUUCCCAGUUUACCUGUGACACCUAUUAGUUGUGUUAUGAAUGGCCAGCAUCUUCAGCCUAGUAGAUGUAGUGGUUUUAUAUCCAUGCCAUGUCAAUCAGGAUUGACGCCUUCUCCCACUUCUGUGAAUUCAUGUCAAACAGGAUUAAUUCCUUCUCCUGAUCCUGCAAACUCAUGUCAAUCAGGAUUGACGCCUUCUCCCACUCCUGUGAAUUCAUGUCAAACAGGAUUAAUUCCUUCUCCUGAUCCUGCAAACUCAUGUCAAUCAGGAUUGAUUCCUUCUCCUGAUCCUGCAAGUUCAUGUCAAACUGGAUUGUUGCCUUCUCCCGAUCCUGCGAGUUCAUGUCAAAUUGAAUUGACGCCUUUUCCCGAUCCUGCGAAUUCAUGUCAAACUGGAUCGAUGCCUUUUCCCGAUCCUGCGAAUUCAUGUCAAACUGGAUCGAUGCCUUCUCCCGAUCCCAUGAGUUCAUGUCAAACUGAAUUGAUGCCUUCUCCCUAUCCUGCAAAUCCAUUUCAAACUGGAUUGAUGCCUUCUCCUGAUCCCGUGAAUUCAUGUCAAACUGGACAGAUGCCUUCUUCUGAUCCCGUGAACUGGUAUCAAACCGGAUCGAUGCCUUCUCCAGAACCUGUGAACUGGUAUCAAACCGGAUCGAUGCCUUCUCCAGAACCUGUGAACUGGUAUCAAACCAGAUCGAUGCCUACUCCCGAUCCUGUCAUUUCGUGUCAAACUGGAUCGAUGCCUACUCCCGAUCCUGUCAUUUCGUGUCAAACUGAAUUGACGCCUUCUCCUGACCCUGCAAGUAUUUCAUAUCCAGACAAUCAAGCUGCUAAUAAUGAUGAUGAUAUUAUAUCAAUGCUUGAUAUUUUCAAAGAUGACAACACAUUGCCUGAGGAAAAUAUUGCUGAAGGUGCACUUUUGAGUGACUUUUUUGAGGGUUUGGGAGACCUGAAUUUCUCGACCACAUUUGGAUCCUUUUACCAGAAUGCUGACUUUAGCACAGACGGAAUGGGCUUGAUAGAUCUAGACUCUGAGCUGUUCUGGUAG